AAUUUUCUGUUAUUUGGUCGCAUUUUGUUUGUUUUAUAUUGUGUUUAUGCGUUUGACGUAGGUGGCGGUACACAUCCGCCUCAGUUGCUGUGUUAGCGUCAGCUGAUUUAACAAGUGACUAAGUGAAAAUCUGUCACCACCAACGUGGGCUGUAGAACUUCUCAGGGACCUUAUUUAUUAUUAUAUUUAUAUAUUUAUUUCUAAUGUCGACAUUUUAUGACCAUUCAGCCCGGAUCCGGGUUUCGUUUAACACUUCACUCAACAUUCUUCUUACAUUGACUUGAAUUUCGAGCUCGUUUUCCGGCCGAUCCGCUUGUCGAUUGUGUAAAGAUGACUUCUUUUCGAUGUGUGUGAGGACUGUGUUCAUCACGCUUGCCAAGUCACGGUUCCGUCAGUGGUGUGAAACCAUGUGAUCAGGUCCUGACACAGUGUCAUGGGGUGCACAGACCGAUCCUCGGCGGAGACUCCCUGUUGCUGACAUUGUGACAUCAUGACAUCCAGGAAGAAAGUGCUCCUCAAAGUCAUCAUCCUGGGCGACUCUGGGGUUGGGAAGACCUCACUGAUGAACCAGUAUGUGAAUAAGAAGUUCAGUAACCAGUACAAGGCCACAAUAGGUGCAGACUUCUUGACAAAAGAAGUCAUGGUGGACGACAGACUUGUAACUAUGCAGAUUUGGGACACAGCUGGUCAGGAACGGUUCCAGUCUUUAGGAGUGGCCUUCUAUCGUGGAGCUGACUGCUGCGUCCUGGUGUUCGACGUGACGGCGCCAAACACCUUCAAGACCCUGGACAGCUGGAGGGACGAGUUCUUGAUCCAAGCCAGCCCUCGAGACCCAGAGAACUUCCCUUUCGUGGUGUUGGGCAACAAGAUCGACCUGGAGAACAGACAUGUGACGACCAAGCGAGCGCAGGCCUGGUGUCAGAGCAAGAACAACAUCCCGUACUUUGAAACCAGCGCCAAGGAGGCCAUCAACGUGGAGCAAGCCUUCCAGACCAUUGCACGCAACGCUCUCAAACAGGAGACCGAAGUGGAGUUGUACAACGAGUUCCCGGAGCCAAUAAAACUGGACCGGAAUGAGCGGGCCAAGCCUUCAGCAGAGACCUGCAGCUGCUGAGGAGGUCAUGCAGGGGGCGCUCAUUGCUCCCAUCACCCUGUCUUGCCUUGUUUUAUAUAUAUAUUAUAUAUAAUAUAUAUAUAUAUUAUAUGUAAUAUAUUCCCUCCCAAAGCCCGCCAUGUUCAUCCUCUGUACUUACUGUAUUAUAACACCGUUGCAGACGUGCUGCGCUCCUGUGUUUCUGUCUGUCUCGAAACCCAAAGAAAAAAACGUUGACCCAUUUCCACCCCGACGUCCUUGUCCUCAUCCACAUUGGGUGUUUCUCGACGGCAGAGUUUCAGACAGAAAUCGGUCGUCGGGUCUCUCGUCUCUCCGAACACCUCUGUACAUGUUUGUCUUUUGUUCAGCACAUCGCCCGCCGGGGAGGAAACACUACUCAUUUCUGUUGUGACCCCUGAACACACUCGUGACAGCAGCUACAAUUAAAACACAGUUGAAACGUGAGCCGAAUGUGCGUGUCGGCAGACUUCGCAGCUGUGUUCAAGUCGAGAGCUCUCGCUCGUGUUUUACUCUUCGCCGACGAAGAUAGCUAGCAAGUCCUCCUCUGUUCACUCAGAUGUCUGUGCCUGAUGCCAGUAGCUCGUGUUGGCCAACCCUUCUUUUAGCCAAUGAGAUCUCUGCACUUGCUGCUCCAACUUCACAUCAGAUGACACAUCAUGCAAGGAGACCGAUCAUUUGGGGAAGUGCUGGCAUCAAUCAUCAGUAUAUGAUUAAUAUAUCUAUGUUUGAAAUAAAACUC